CAGGCGGUACCCGUCACCAGGGUCGCCCGUCGCCAACUCUUUAGAUGGCUCUGGGUGAUCCCCAACGGCUUCCAAUCCGAACUCGGAGGCCCCGCACAUGGCUGCGGAGGGCGGGAUCAUUUGGUCCAAUCUCUGCCUCGGGCCCACACCCAUCGGAGGUUUCGCGCACUCCACGCCCUAGGCCGCAGAGGCCACAGUAGGCCUCGGGACCGGCUCGACCGAGCUUGGACUAGACAGGCUGCGGGGACUGCAGGCAAGCCAGGUCACAGCCAGCAGAGGGCGCCGCCGGGGCAUGGCCGGGGAGCGCACCGGGGCCUGGUUCGGCUUCGGUUUCUGCGGCUUCGGGCAGGCGCUGGGCUCCGGGUGCGGGAACCAGGUACUCAGUCCCGAGCCGCUAAGGGCGCCAGGCGCGGGCCUCGAUAUCUGCCGCGUGAGCGCGAGCUGGAGCUACACUGCCUUCGUGACCGGCACGGACAGCUGGGCCACGGGACUCUGGAGGCAGAGCCGGAGCCGAGGCUGUUGGAGGCGCUUCAAGGCCUAUCCAUGGCUGAGGUGGCCGCAGGAGGCUGGCACUCUGUGUGUGUGAGUGAAACUGGGGAUAUUUAUAUAUGGGGCUGGAACGAAUCAGGGCAGCUGGCCCUGCCCACCAGGAGCUUGGUGGAGGAUGGAGAGACAGUCACAGGGGAAGCCACAGGACUGAAUGAAGAUGGUUCUGAAGUGAAGAGAGUAGCCAGGGGUGAGAAUGGAGCCCCUGCCCCCUUUAUAGCUGUUCAGCCCUUCCCAGCUUUAUUGGAUCUCCCCAUGGGCUCAGAUGCCAUCAAAGCCAGCUGUGGAUCCCGGCACACAGCGGUGGUGACAAGAACCGGGGAGCUCUACACCUGGGGCUGGGGUAAAUACGGACAGCUUGGCCACAAGGACACAACCAGCUUGGAUCGGCCCUGCCGUGUGGACUACUUUGUAGAUAAGCAACUCCAAGUAAGGACUGUGAGCUGUGGGCCCUGGAACACCUACGUGUAUGCUGUGGAGAAAGAGAAGAGCUGACAUAUACAAAAGGGCAUAAAAUAAAUGUACGGUAGAGUGAAAAAUUAUUAAGCUAAUGCUUGUGACAUUUCACCCAAGUCAAGGAGCACCAUUGCUGGCCAAAGGCCCGGCCCUCGCCCCUCCCCGUCACAGCCCUCUUGCACCACCUAUGAGCAACAUCCUCGACUUGUCCUCGCAUUAGAAACCCUAGAGCUUUGGAAGUGGAUGCCUAAGGCCAGCACUGCCGACACAGUGAAAUCAGAACUUAGUUAGGGGUGUGGAACCUAGAUGUGGGUAAUUUUAAAGCUGCCGCAUCCCACCCCAGGUGAUUUUGAGGUAGUGCCCAUAUGGGGAACCACUAGAGGCCAUCUUCUUUUGUUAUUUCUCUUCCCUGUCUUCAUUUCGAAUUGUACCGUCCUUGUAUGCAUCUUUAUACAAUAUAAUAUGUCUGCUUCUGAACUUUAGGUAAAUGGAAUCACUCUGGGUAUGUUCUUUUAUGUCUUGUUUUUUCAUCAACAUUAAUGAUUCAUCUACAGUGUCCUG